UGUAUUUGGUGUUUGUUAUUACUUCAACUUGAGGGGCGUGGCAGCACCCCUAGAUCCAGCACCACUGGAGGUAGGUUUACCCUCAUAACAAACAUUAGCUAGAUGCUUAGAGGCCAUCGUGGGCAGGGGGGGGUGUAUCCGUCCGCAGAGAGACACAGCUGAGAUAAGAAUCUCCAGUAAAAACUGUGUCACUCAGCAAACUUCCUCGGAGAAAGAUCACAAGAGGAUAACGUAGAUGCAGUUUUCUUGCCUGGUUGGAGAAGGCAGUGGCCACCAUGAAGCAGCUCAUCUCCCACGUUCUGGGCUUUUGCUGGCUCGUCUGCUUCAAGGGGACUCAAUGUUUCACCAGCGCUCCUAACAGGUGUGACGAUCAAUCUGUGUGCCCUACAAACGCAAUGUGUAUCAAUGCUCUCCAGGGCCAGCACUGCACCUGCCGACCUGGGUUUGUAUCCACUUCAAGGGACCCAGACUUCACUGAUCCAACAGUUCAAUGCAAAGUUGACAUGUGUGCGAAUUCGUCUACUUGUCCUGCUCUUGCAACUUGCGAAAACAUCCCUGGGGGCUACCACUGCACCUGCAAAGGCGGGUUUGUGCCUAGUUUUGGGGAGGAACCAUUCACUGAUCCAAGAGUGAAGUGUGUCGCUGACAUGUGUGCGAAUUUGUCUACUUGUCCUGAUCUUGCAACUUGCAAAAACAUCCCUGGGGGCUACCACUGCACCUGCAAAGGCGGGUUUGUGCCUAGUUUUGGGGCAGAACCAUUCAUUGAUCCAACAGUGAAGUGCAUUGAUGCCGAUGAAUGCACUCAGGACUCCACACUGUGUGGCCCGAAUGCCAGCUGCACAAACACUGAAGGAAGUUUCGUCUGCAAGUGUUUGAAUGGGUACAAACCGCCCAGCGGAGCCUCAGAGCAGCGCGGCAUCACCCAUCUGAACUGUACAGGUGACAGCUCCUGGGCCAGUCCCGAAGGCGUUCUCGGGGCAGGAUCUCUCCUGCGCCUAUGACAUUAAUGAAAUUACUCCUUUGUAUUUUGGUGCCAUCAUUUGCCAGGUGAUAACCAGUCUGAUCACAA